AUGUCAGACGACUUUCAGAGGACCCAUGCCAAAUCAGCCGAGGCCAAACUCCAAAGUACGUUGAAAAGUGUAAAUUCAUACUUGGAGAGUAUGGGUCAAAGUGUUGCAAAAUUUGAUAUGCCACAAAUCCAACAAGAAUUACAUCAAGGUGACACAUAUGAAUGCCGAGAAAUAGUCGAAGAAAGGUCUGUGAAGGUGCCAACUGAAGAUAUGGAGGCACAAUCAAAGUUGAAUGAACAACAAACGCAAGCAUUCAAGACUAUCUUGCAAAGGACCGACUCUGGAACACCAGGAUUAUUCUUUGUAGAUGGACCCGGUGGAACUGGAAAAACAUAUCUAUAUCGGGCAUUGCUGGCACAUAUAAGAUCAAGAGGUAUGAUAGCAUUGGCAUCCGCCAGCAGCGGGGUAGCAGCAGCAAUCUUACCGGGAGGUCGUACAGCUCACUCGAGAUUUGGAAUACCUCUACAAGCUAAUGAAUCAACAAUGACAAAUAUGUCAAAACAAAAUGGCGGGGCUAAACUUAUUAAACAAGCCAAACUAAUAAUAUGGGACGAAGCACCAAUGGCUAAGAGACACGCAAUUGAAACAGUCGACAGAAGCUUUCGUGAUAUAAUGGAAAAAAAUGUACCUUUUGGGGGAAAAGUAAUGGUAUUUGGAGGUGACUUUCGACAAGUGCUACCGGUGGUUCCAAAAUCAACACGAGCAGAGACAGUGGAUGCAAGUUUGGUAAGGUCAUAUUUGUGGCCUUUGAUGGAAAAAAUUCAUUUAACAUCCAACAUGAGGGCAAGAACAGAUCCAAAUUUUAGCAACUUCUUGAUUCGUGUUGGAAACGGCGAAGAGAACACAAUACGGGAUAAUUUAAUACUACUACCACAACAAAUAGUGGUCCACCCAACUGGUCAGGGUAAGGCAGAAGAAUGCUUGGUAACAGAAAUUUUUAAAGGGCUACAACAAAAUUACAGAUCGGCAAAGUUUAUUACUGAAAGGGCAAUCUUAGCAAGUCGAAAUGAAUUCGUAGAUAAUAUAAAUGAAAUGAUGAUUACUCGAUUCCCAGGAGAAACCAGAACAUAUAUCAGUUUCGACUCGGCAGAAGAUGAUACCAAUAAUUACUAUCAAGAAGAAUACCUAAAUACAUUAACUCCAAAUGGUCUGCCGCCACAUAGGUUGGUUUUGAAAGAGAAUGCGCCUAUCAUGAUGCUGCGCAAUUUAGACCCAUCAAAUGGUUUAUGCAAUGGGACACGAUUGAUUUGUAGAGGUUUUGACAACAAUGUCGUGCAUGCAGAAAUAACUACAGGAGAAUUUGCAACAAAACAUGUGUUUAUACCAAGAAUCCAAUUAUCGCCGCCUGAGAAUGAAGGAUAUCCUUUUAAAUUUAUUCGGAAGCAAUUUCCAAUACGUCUAUGUUUUGCCAUGACAAUAAAUAAGGCUCAAGGUCAAACGAUACCUAAUGUGGGAUUAUAUCUUCCCCAACAUGUUUUCUCCCAUGGGCAACUAUAUGUAGCUUUAUCAAGAGGAAUCUCAAUGGCAACAACAAAGGUAUUGGUUAUGACUGAACAACCAGAUACGGGGACAGGGACAUAUGCAAGAAAUAUCGUAUACAAGGAAGUAUUAGGUUAG